AUGCCCUACUCUGUGAGAGCCCAAAACCUCGUAGCUCGUUUGUUUAACUUCGUGCCCCAUCGCAAGCACGAAGAAGCGGAUGCGCUGGUAGUGCUGGGAGCGGGGAGCAAGCAUCAUGCCGGUUGCUGCCCCGGUGCCGGUGCCGGUGCCGGUGCCGGUGCCGGUGCCGGUGCUGGUGCCGGUGCUGGUGCUGGUGCCGGUGCUGCUGCUGUCAGUAGUGCUCGUGCUUGUACCAGUGCUGCUGCUGGUGCCGGUGCUGGUGCUGGUUCCAACGCUGGUGCCGCUAGUGCUAGUACUAGUUCCGGUGCUGGUGCUGGCAGUAGUGCUGGUGCUGGUGCCGGUGCUGGUGCUGUCAGUAGUGCUAGUGCUUGUACCAGUGCUGGUGCUCAAGGACGUAGUGGAAAAAUCGGUAGGCACUGUCGUGAUGUCCGAGAUCGACGUAGGCACUGUCGUGAUGUCCGAGAUCGACGUAGACGUUGUCGUGGGGCAUGUGAACGUUUGGGUCCUGGUACCGGUGGUGGUUUCCAAAGCCGUGACGACCGUGCUAACCGUCGUGGGGACAUCGUUGAAGGUGAGAGUGAUGUCCGUCGCGACAGUGACUGUCGUGGUAGAGGUGUAGGUCUGAGAGACGAGGAUGGGCUGAGCAAAGACCGUCGGCAUCAGCAAGAUUUGGACAAGCGGAGGCGCAGGACAGUCCGUCCUCGUUGCUUGAGCGAUCGUCGCGUCAAAGUUUGUCGUUUGAGCGAUCGUCGCGUCAAAGUUUGUCGUUUGAGCGGAGGACGUCACCGCCAUCAUUGCCCAUAG